AUGGUCCAUGAGGGACUGUGGUGGUGGAACUAGACCUGUCUGGAAGACUUUAUCCUUCAAGGGCUCUUUGAUGACUUCUUCAGCCACUUUUGUCCUUUCCUCUUGAUAAUGCUGAUCUUUCUUACUGCAGUCAAUUGCAACAGCCUCACCACCCUUGUCAUCUUCUCUGACCCUUGUCUUCACAUACUGAUGUAUUUCCUGCUCACACUGUCCCUCGUGGAUCUGAUGCACAUCUCUACAACCAUCCCCAAGAUGGCUAGCAACUAUCUGUCUGGCAAGAAGCCCACCUCGUUCGUGGGCUGUGCCACUCAGCACUUCCUUUAUCUGUCUCUGGGUGGUGCAGAGUCUCUCCUCCUGGCUCUCAUGUCCUAGGACUGCUAUGUUGCCAUCUGCCACCCUUUAUCCUACACUGUGCUCAUGAGCAGAAGAGUGGGUGUGAUGAUGGCUGUCAUGUUAUGGUUGAGCACAUCUGUGAACUCCUUAAUUUGCAUGGUCAUCUUGAUGAGCUUUCCUUUCUGAAGGUUGAGAAUCAUCCACCAUCUCUACUGUGAAUUUCCAGUGGUUUUGAAACUGGUGUGUGGGGACAUCACUGUGUAUGAGAACACAGUCUGUGUCAGCACCAUUAUACUUCUCCCCAUAAUUCUUGUCUCUACCGCCUAUGGAUUCAUUCUCCACAGUGUCAUUCAGAUGCAUUCAGCUAGGAGUAAGAGAAAUGCUUUUUCCAUGAGCAGCUCUCACCUUAUUGCAAUUUCUCUCUGAUAUGAUGCUUGCAUAUUCUCCUAUAUGAGGCCCAGGUCCCAGCGCACCUCAUUGCAAGACAAAGUUGGUUCUGUUUUCUACAGCAUCAUCACUCCCACACUGAAUCCCUUGAUUUAUACUCUCCGGAAUAAGGAUGUUGCUAAGGCUCUGAAGAAAAUAUUGAGGAGGGACCUUGACACCUAG